GAGAGAGAGAGAGAGAGAGAGAGAUGGGGUUUGUAGAAGGGAAGAUCGUGGAGGAGAAGGUUUUCGGAGGAAAGGUCUUCCCAAAGACUCUCCUCCCCGGGAACACGUGCGAUCUAAUAGAGAUGGUGCGAGGUGAUCGUCAGUGGCUCUCGGAUCUAUUGCAACAGCACGGAGCAAUCCUCUUCAGGGGCUUUGGGAUAUCCUCUGCCGAAGAUUUCGCACAUGUGGUUGAAGCGUUCGAGUGGGAUGAUAUGCCUUACAUGGGCGCCACCACCCGUGUGAAGGUGACUGAUAGGAUCUACACCGCCAAUGAAGCACCACUUGAUCAGCUCAUCAACUUUCAUCACGAGAUGUCCAUGUUUAAAGAGUUCCCUUCGAAAAUCUUUUUCUUUUGUUUGGAACCAUCGCCGGAAGGCGGUGAGACGUCGAUAUUGCCAAGCCACAUUAUAGUAGAGAAGAUGGAGGAGAUUAUGCCAGAUUUCGUAGCGAAAUUAUCCCAGGUCGGGUUCAUUAUCCGGCUUAGUACUGCAACUGAUGCGGAUUCCGGCGACAAGGUCAUUAGCAAGACAUGGAAAGAGCUGCUAAAAACAGACAACCAAAUGGAAGCUGAAAAGAGGGCACUAGAGAAGAUCACGUGCAACUCAGUGGAAUUCCACGCUGAUGGAAGUGCCGAGUUCAUAUUCGGGCCGAUGGACCCUAUAAGGGAGUUGGGAGGAAGGAGAGUUUGGUUCAAGCCAAUGUUGGGCUAUACCAGCAAUGAGAGAGACAUCCAAAUCAGCUUCGGCGAUGGAAGCCCUUGCCCUCCAGAGGCCAUCGAAGCCUACAAGAAAAUCUUGGACGAGAGCUGCGUGGAUCUGAGCUGGCAAAAGGGAGAUGUCUUAUUGGUUGAUAAUCUUAGCAGCCAGCAUGCAAGGCGUCCUGGGAAGCCACCACGUGUCAUAUUGGUGUCCGUAUGCAAAUGAAUUGAGAUGGGUGUAUGCUUUUGUAUUUCAAUAAGUUUAUAAGAAGUUUAUUCUCUUUUGAGAAACAGUAUUGGACGUCCUCUAAGAAAAUUAAUAGUUGUUGUCAACGACUAAAAGACAAGAAAAUGGCUAUCUUGUUGCUAUAUAUUGUAUUAGAUAAAGCAAAUGGAUCGUGUAGAUUCCCGCAGGGUGCGCUUGGUUGCACCGAAUACAAGAUAUUUCAAGAUACUGGUGCAAAUAUCCUAACAUU